AUGGCAGGGCGGACAGAGAGAGAGAAAAUGCUGCGCGGCGAACUCUACCAUGCCUUUACUCCGGACCUUGUAGCUGCGCGUGCAAGGUGCAAGUGGGCAUGUAAACGAUUCAAUGAUUCGGGAGAAGUCUCCCGCAGACGGCAAAUCGAGCUUUGGAGAGAGAUCAUCCAGGAUCCAACUCCCCUCCCCCCACCCGCGACGGACCCCGCAGCCGACGAAGCCCUCUUCGAAAACGAGCCGUGGAUCGAAGCUCCCAUCCGCAUGGAUUACGGCUUUAACGUAAAAGUGGGCGCAGGCGCCUUCAUAAACUUUAACUGUGUCAUCCUCGACACCUGCCUGGUGACCAUCGGGGCACGAACUCUCCUAGGUCCCAACGUAAAUAUCUACAGCGGGACGCAUCCGCUGGAUCCUGCGUUGAGGAACGGGACGAAAGGCCCAGAAUUGGGGAAGGAGGUGCAUAUAGGCGAGGAUUGUUGGAUUGGUGGGAAUGUGGAUAUUUUGCCGGGGGUGAGGAUCGGGAGGGGCGCGACGAUCGGGGCGGGGAGUGUGGUUAAUAAGGACGUACCGGCCUUCCAUGUUGCAGCUGGGAAUCCGGCGAGGAUCAUUCGGCGCAUUGAGACGUCGAUGGCUACGACAGAUUCGUCAGGGCGUGAAGCGCAGACCUGA